AAAAUUAUGUGCACUAAUCUGAGCAACUUAUUUGCCUGCAUAAGGGCCCAGUGCAAUUCGGAUGCGGACGCAACUACCAUAUCCCAUCAGCGGCAUAACGGGGAUGUCGACGAUGAAGCGCCCGAUUCCCGAUGGGAUCUGCAGCAGCAGAUCCAAAGGGUGCAUGUCCUUCACAAGGAGGAAAAUAAAUCCGUAGCGCAGCAACAGGCACUUUCACUUACUCUUCCAGCUGCGCCUCCUUUGAAAGGAUGCAUUUGGACCCCAUCACGAGCCGUACGGGUCUCUCACGAAGCCCUGGAACGCUACGAUCAGAUUUUCGGAAGUCCUACCGAUGUGCCCGCAGCAUUUGUUUCGGCCAGAAAUAUUCCCGGUCAGUUGUAGGGCAAUCAAAUCUUAAAUCGUAAAUCAUA